AUGAACGUCCGAACCGGGUCACACCAGCUAAGCAAUGGACUCUACGUCUCGGGUCGACCGGGGCAGCUACCUAAGGAUCGCCAACUGACGGUGGCUUCACGCGCCGUACCGUACACCGGGGGCGACGUUAAGAAAUCCGGCGAGCUAGGAAAAAUGUACGGCAUAGAUUUAUCAAGUGCAGACCACCUGCCGGCUCCGCCUAAAGUUCCUUCCCGGCACUCUUCAUCUUCUCAGCAGAAUAGUGGAUCCGUUAGAUCCGGCCCAAACUCUGGUCCAGUUAACAAGAAGUCUUCUUCCACCUCGUUCUCAGGGCCUAUCACGCCUAUUCAGCCCACGGGUCUCAUUACCUCCGGCCCAUUAGGCUCCACCAGUGCCAACCGCCGCUCCGGCAAGCUCGACAGUCCGUCCGCCGGGCAUAGCUCCUUUAGUAAAACUCAAUACGGGUCGGCGGUAACGAGCUUGGGGGAGGGAGUGAAAUUGGGUUUCAAGGUUUCGAGGGUGGCAAUGUGGGUGUUCUUGGUGGUUGUAGUUAUGGGCUUGGUGGUGGGGGCGUUCCUUAUGGCANGGGUGUUCUUGGUGGUUGUAGUUAUUGGCUUGGUGGUGGGGGCGUUCCUUAUGGCAGCGGUGAAGAAGCCGGUGAUUUUGGUGGCAGUGGUGGCACUUUUAGUUCCUGCGGUGGUGAUUUUAAUAUGGAAUUAUGCUUACAGAAAGCGAGGGGUUCUAAGUUUUCUGAAGAAGUAUCCAGAUGCAGAGCUGCGAGGAGCCGCUGAUGGACAGUACGUCAAGGUCACUGGGGUUGUCACUUGUGGUAGCAUUCCUCUAGAAUCUUCUUUCCAGAGGGUACCAAGAUGUGUAUUUGUUUCCACAGAAUUGUAUGAAUACAGGGGAUGCGGUGGAAAACCAGCAAAACCCAGACACCCUUUCUUCUCCUGGGCAUGCAGGCAUUCAGAGAAGCAUGUGGCGGAUUUUUAUAUAUCAGACUUUCAGUCUGGUUUGAGAGCUCUAGUAAAAGCAGGCUAUGGAGCUAAGGUUGCUCCAUUUGUGAAGCCAACUACAGUUGUCAAUGUGUCAAAGGAUAACAAAGAUUUAUCUCCAAACUUUCUACGCUGGCUUGCUGACCGAGGCCUGUCAAGUGAUGACCGUACAAUGCGUCUGAAAGAAGGCUACAUCAAAGAAGGAAGUACAGUAAGUGUCAUGGGGGUCGUCCAGCGGCAUGAUAAUGUACUCAUGAUUGUUCCACCUGCAGAACCUGUUUCAACAGGCUGUCGUUGGCCAUGUUGCCUUCUCCCAACCUAUAUAGACGGCCUUAUUUUGACGUGUGAUGAAAGUCAGAAUAGUGAAGUGAUUCCUGUAUAG